CAUUAAAUCAAGAUUUGCCCCAAGAACCUUGAACAGUGACAAAAACAAAUGGCCACAAAGAGAAGUGAAGCCUCCUGAGACCUAUUUAUAUGAAAACCUGACCCCAUCCUUCUGCUCAUUAGAACCCCAACUCAAAAUAGGUAAAAUGAGUGUGGAAAUAUUGGAUAGUACCACCAUUGUCAACUUUGUUGAAGAUGAGGCAGCUUUUAAUGCCUACAUAAGAGACCGAUUCGAUCACCUCGACACUAACCAUGAUGGUCACCUUUCCUAUAAUGAGAUGCUGGAGGAGUUGCAAAGCCUCAGGGUGUUUGAGACCGAUUUCGGAAAGGAUGAGAAGCUUGAUCCAGAAGAGCUUUCUUCUGUCUAUAGUUCUCUGUUUUUGCAGUUCGAUCGUGACUCAGACGGAACGGUUGAUCUGGAUGAAUUUAAGACCGAGACUAAAAGGAUGAUGCUAGCUAUGGCUAAUGGGAUUGGUUUCUUACCCGUUCAGAUGGUGCUUGAAGAGGGCAGCUUCUUGAUGAAGGCUGUUGAGCGUGAAACUGCAAUAAUGGCCGCUUAAGUAAAGUUACCUUUAACUGGCUGUAUUUGUAAGUUCAAGAAACAAUUCAGAAGAGUGAGGUUUUUGUUAACUGAAAUAAGAUAUGUUGUUUUUCUUUGUCA